AUGCCGAGAAAAAGGGACACGGCUUCACACGAUGAUGUUGAGGUAGAGAUUGACGGAGAGGAUGACAGUGAUGACGGUGGCACCCCGAGGAGAGGGAACAAGAGGCAGGGAGCUGGGAGAGGAGGUGCAAAGGGAAGAGGCCGGGGGAAGAAACCUGCCAGCGAGGACGAAGACGAGGAUGAUGAGGAUGAAGCUCCCAAGGGACGCAGGGGGGCAAACAAGAAGAAGCCCACCAAGAAACGGGGGCGGGGGGGCAAAAAUGAUAGUGAUGAUGAUGAGAGUGAGGACGAGGCUCCCAAGGGGAAGCGAAAAGGAGCAGCCAAUAAGAAGAAAGGAGGCAAAGCUCAGGACAGUGAUGAGGACAGUGAUGUGGGGAAAGGAAAAAGAGGAAAGAAGGGAGGGGGAAAGAAAGGAGGGAAGGAUGAGGAGGACAGUAAGGGUAAGAAAGGGGGUGCCAAAGGGAAGGACAAGGGGAAAGACAAGGACAAUGACAAGGACAAGAAGAAGAAGAAGAAAAAGGACGACAGUUCAUCUGAUUCCAACUCAAACUCUGAUGAGGAGGAGGAGUCCAUGUCGGAGGGAGAGAUGGCCCGGUUGAUGGAGGAGGUGGAGGAGAAAAAAAAACUGAUCGCCACCAUCAGGAACAAGCCGUGGAGGAUGAAGAGGAGGCUCGUACACCUGAAGGAGGCUCAAGAAUUUGUGGAUAAGUUUGAAGGAGCUUUGGGCAAAGGAAAAGGCAGGAAGUGGUACGCCUACAAAGUUAUGAUGACAAAGAAAUGGAUCAAGUUCCAGAGGGAUUUUGAGAAUUUCAGAACAGCCUGUAUCCCCUGGGAGAGGAAGAUCAAAGAGGUGGAGAGUCACUUUGGGUCAUCUGUGGCGUCUUACUUUAUCUUCCUGCGCUGGAUGUACGGCAUGAACCUGGUCCUCUUUGGUUUCACCUUUGGACUGGUGGUCAUCCCUGAGGUUCUGAUGGGCCUUCCCUACGGGGCCAUUCCCAGGAAGACUGUACCCAGAGCAGAUCAGGACACCGCUCAAGACUACUCUGUCCUCAUGGACUUCAACGGUUACUGCAAAUAUUCAGUCCUGUUCUACGGAUAUUACAACAACCAGAGGACCAUCGGCUUGCUGAAGUUCCGGCUGCCUCUGUCCUACCUCAUGGUCGGGAUCGGCACCUUCGGCUACAGCCUGAUGGUCGUGAUCCGCACAAUGGCCAAGAACGCUGACGUCGGCGGUGGAGACGGAGACGAAGGAGAGUUCACAUUUGCCUGGAAGAUGUUCACCAGCUGGGAUUACCUCAUAGGCAACUCAGAGACUGCUGACAACAAAUAUGCCUCCAUCACCACCAGCUUCAAGGAGUCCAUCGUGGAUGAGCAGGAGAACCAGAAGGAUGAGAACAUUCACCUGCGGAGGUUCCUCAGACUCCUGGCCAACGUCCUGAUCAUGUGCAGCCUUGGCGGCAGCGGAUACCUCAUCUACUUUGUGGUGAAGAGGUCUCAGGAGUUCGCCAACAGGGACGAUCUCAGCUGGUACGAGAAGAACGAGUUGGAGAUCAUCAUGUCUCUGCUGGGUCUGGUGUGUCCCCCUCUGUUUGAGACCAUCGCUGAGCUGGAGGACUACCAUCCUCGAAUCGCCCUCAAGUGGCAGCUCGGACGCAUCUUCGCCCUCUUCCUGGGAAACCUCUACACCUUUCUGUUCGCCCUGUUUGACGAGGUCAACACCAAGUUGGAAGAAGAGGAGUCCAUUAAGAACGCCACCAUCUGGGCCUGGAAGGAGUACACCGCCAACUACACGCGUCUGAUGAACGACACCGAUGCCAUCCCACCCCCCAUGAACCCUGCUGAUGUCAUCAGAGGACCCUGCUGGGAGACCGCCGUCGGCAUAGAGUUUGUGAAGCUGACGGUGUCGGACAUUCAGGUGUCCUACCUGACCAUCCUGAUCGGUGACUUUGCCAGAGCUGUCAUCGUUCGCUUCCUCAACUACUGCUGGUGCUGGGACCUGGAGGCUGGAUUUCCAUCAUAUGGAGAGUUUGACAUCAGUGGUAAUGUACUUGGAUUGGUCUUCAAUCAAGGGAUGAUCUGGAUGGGUGCGUUUUAUGCUCCUGGGCUGGUCGGCAUCAACGUGCUGCGCCUCCUCAGCUCCAUGUACUAUCAGUGCUGGGCUGUAAUGGCCACCAACGUCCCCCAUGAGAGAGUCUUCAAGGCCUCCAAGUCCAACAACUUCUACAUGGGUCUGCUGCUCCUCAUCCUCUUCCUCAGUCUCUUACCUGUCGUCUUCACCAUCAUGACCAUGCCGCCUUCAUUUGACUGCGGACCCUUCAGUGGGAAGGUGAAGAUGUUUGACGUGAUCAUGGAGACGAUUGAUUUGGACCUACCGGCCUUCUUGGGGACGCUUUUCAGCUAUGCAGCCAACCCAGGCCUCAUCAUACCAGCUGUACUGCUCAUGGUACUGGCCAUCUACUAUCUGAACUCAGUGUCUGAGGCCUAUCAAAACUCCAACAUAGAGCUGAAGAAGAAGAUGCAGAUGGCUCGGGAUGAAGAGAAGAACCGGAGGAACAACACAGACAGCACCAACCAGGUCAUGAAAGACCUGGAGGACCUGCUGCCCAACCAAUCUCUCGUGCGUCCACCAGAGCCUGAAAAGACACCUGAGCCAGAAGCAAGGCCAACUAAGACGAAGCCCGGGUCAGCCGGUAAAGGCGUUAACCUGCAGAAAGACGUGACACUGGCAUCGCCCAAUCCCAACGCUCGAGGGCCAGUGAGGCAGGCGCCAGGGCAAAGAGGACCUGGAGCGGGGCCGGGUCCUGGACCGGGCCGAGGCCGAGGCCGUGGGAGAGGGGCCCCUCCGAGAUAACAGUAUGAGCAAAUCACAUUCCUGCAAGCCGUGUUCAUCCCUCAGACAAUCUGUGUUCAUUUCACAACUGGAGACAUAAAUAGGCACAAAAACAAGGUGUUGAAAGUGUGGCAUUUCAGUUCCAAGGACCUUCAUUAGGUCUUCAUAUUUCCUUACUGAAAGCAAAAGUUCAAAGUUCACCAAUGUCCUUGGGCCAAGGUAUAAGCGCAAUAGUACUAAUAAUAAUUUCAUCACCUCCACUUCUUUGUACAUUAUUUUCAUAUUCUGAGACAAUGUAUUGUCUAUUUUUGCUCACAUAUACUAACGUUAUUGUGUGGUCACGUCUGUGCUCAGGCUGUUUUCGUUUUCUCUUACAUUUACACUGACUUUGUAAU